ACACGCGGGAGUUGAUAUAUUAAGGCAGUUGAUGCGCCAAAAUGGCGGAGUGGUGCAAUGGUGCAUGAGAACGAUGUGGACAUCAUACAGUUUGCCAGCACCGUGUUGUACUGCAGCGAGGCAGAGGGCAAGGUGGAGGUCUCCGUGGUACGCCUGGGUGAGGAGGACAAUACGUGCUCCGUUUGCUAUGAGACCAGUGAUAUCUCCGCAGCUGCUGGAGUUAAAUACCAUAGAGCCUGUGGCACAAUGACCUUUGAGCCCGGGCAGUUCAUGAAGAAUAUCUCCGUCGAGCUUAUUUGCAACAAUGCCUUCGAGGCCACCCUGGAAUUCAGCAUGCGUCUUUACGACGCCAAGGGCGCAGUUUUGGGCACGGAGGACACCUGCCGCAUACUCAUUGCGGACGAUGACACGUUUCCCACCAAUCGCUUCCAUACUUUCCUGUCGCAGGGUCAAAUGUCCCGAAUCAACGGGGGCGCGUUGAUGUUGGAAUACUUCAAGAUGGCUUUCAGUGACCGUGCCUUGCGGCGAGCUGCGUUCUGGAACUGCCUGACGGAUCAAUAUGCGAACGUGAGCUUCGUUUGGCACAUCUUCCUGAACCGAGUCCUUGUUGACAGCGUGCUGGCCCCAACCCCCCAGGAUGACUCGUGGUACAGUGGCGCCUUACCAACUUCCAGGACUGGCCGGGCCAUUCUGCUGGUGGUGCUGUUCUUGCUGCCUCACGGUUUCAUCAUCUUUUUGUACCGUCUGAAGGCGCAGAGGAAGAUUUUGGGCAUGGCGGUGAACCAGCUGCAGGAGAACUUGCUUCGGAAGUACCUGAACUACAACGAGACCUCGCGCCAUGCCGUGUCCGUGGCGGACCUCACCAUGGCGAUCACCCGCGACGUGCCGGAGCUCAUUUCAGAGGGCUUUAUGUCCUUGUUUGAUUUGAUCGAGGGCAUGGGCCUGGUGCUCAUUCUUGGUGUGACUACGCUGGCUGGGUCGCACGAUGCAGCCGACUUGAUCUUGAGUCUGACACUGUUCAUCCUCCUGCCGUUGGGCAUGAUGAUUUUUAUCCGCUGUCGGCAUGCGAAGACUGAGCGCAUCGAGCAUCACCUCUUCGUGUGCCAAACAGAGACGCUGUCGCUGAUUCAGCAGAUCACCCAGAACUUCCGCUUGAUCACGGACUAUUGGCAGCAACCCAGCAUGGUGAAAAGCUUCGGUGGCAGGGUUCGCUCCACCAACAAGGCCUCAACAGAGGCCCUGGUCAGGAAAAUCGAAAACACCGAGUUCGCGCCUUUUCUGACCACCGUCGCAGUUUGCACCUACAUCGUCUUCAACUUCCAGAAGGUUGCAGAUGAUGUAUUGCCUCUCGGGGUUUUUCUGGCCACCGUAACCACCUGGAAAGGAGUUGGUAGUGCCUACCAGCGGGCCUACAAAGACAUGCUCUCGAUGCAGCAUGCCCUAGCGCCGCUGCGAAACAUUGUGCACUACAUGAACUUGCCGGUCGAUACUUCCGAAAGGAUGGAGAUGAGCCGCUGGCAGUUGAGCAGGUUUAGCGAGGCCUCGCCGGAGGCGCAGCGCCAGCUCUUCCAAGGCGUGCCCAGCCAGAGCGAGCUCCUGGAGCCCGGGCGCCUGGUGCGCCGGGGGAAGCUGAAAGAGGAGGCAGUGUAUCCGCAGGACUUGUUUCGAAUCUGCGCCACCAACAUCAGCUUCGCAUAUCCAGAGCACACCGGGGGAGGCAGCAACAUCCUAUACCGGACGAGCUUCCAAAUCCCUCAGGGCACGCUGGUGGCGAUCACAGGCCCCCGUGGCUCCGGCAAGAAGACAGUCCUGGAGCUCGUCGCAGGCGUCCUGCUGCCAGCGUCGGGGAGCCGUCUCUUCGUGCCGCCCCACUUGCGAGUACUCCAUGUUGCCAAGGAUCCACAGAGCCUUCCCGAGCUGGACCUCUUCAGCAACGUCAUCUUCGGCACCUCUGCGCGGGAGAGCCGCCUGAGCACUCGGGUCAUGAAAAUCUGCAACCGCCUUGGCCUGGACCCGGAAGUGCGGAAGAUGGUGGAGCAGGCGGCCAUGGACUACGUCACCGAGGCCUCUGAGAAGACCAAGGAGAAGGCGCACGGCCCCACAAGGGAGGGGAGUGCAGCAUCAGUCGUGGCGCGGGCGAUGCAGAACAAGUUGGUGCGAGGGAUGCACAGCUUUCCCUUCACAGAGCAGUGCCUGCUGAACCUGUGCCGUGCCUUCAUCCUUAACCCUGAGGUGUUGGUUCUUCACAAGCCACUGGAGAACUUUGGGCGGCUGCAUGGUCGCCGCAUUGUGGACCUCCUGAGGGAGUUCGUGGACAACCGGGGCCUAGAGCAAGCUCCACAAGAGCUCCACCUUCGCCGCCCACGCACUGUGAUUAUGUCGGCGGAUGGCUGCGACUUUUUGGACUCCAUGGACAUCCUUCUUUCUGUGGACGAUGGCUCCGUGAGCGAACUCAGCCUGGCCGCUCUUGCACAUGUGCGGAAAGAGGUGACCAAACUCUUCUACGGCCUGGAUGUGAAAGGUGACGGUUUGCUGCGAGUCAAAGACUUCACGCGCAUUUCUGAGGUUUGGCCACAGUACCAGGGCCUCUUCGGCGUGCCGGAGACCGCGGAGCCGCAGGAAGCCACGCAGAUCCUGGCUUUGCUGUUCGCUGAGAUCGACGGAGGCGCAAAUGGCGGGCUGGACAUUGACGAAAUGAUGGAGUACAUGGUGGCAUCUUUUGGCCGUGACGUGCAGAAGUUGGAGCAAGCGCUGAAAAACCCCGAGGGCGUCUUGAUCCACAAAGCGAGCUACGCCAAUGCCAAACGGAGCAACACAAUGCCUCUUGAUGCAUGGGCUGCACCGGACAUCCCCACCGAUUCACCCAUCCCGGUCCAGAGGUUCGGCCCUCCAACACGGAGACCUGGCUGAGAACGGCUGGCACAUCCUUCAGGAUAGACGUCAGGGAUUCCCGACGAACCCUGCAAAGGAAUCUUAAUGAAACUUGCAUGCUGAAGGCGGCAAGCGACACGGUGCUGACGCUCACUCAGCUCAAUGUCUUUUUGGCGGCUAGUUCCGCCGGAAGUACUGCCAAUGCAGAACUUCCAGCUCAGUGAGAGGGAGGGUUUUCUGGCCAAUGUGCUGACUCCCGUUUCCCCGCUGGCUUGACCAGCGGAGAAGACCAAGCGUUCAAAGAAAGUGACGCAACAUAUGACGCAUGGCAGCACAAGCCACCGCGAGAGC